CCAGUCCCCACAGCUUUGCUGUCAGAUCUCCGCCAACCAGGACGCUGCGAGCUCCCACGUUGCCGUGAACGCAGCGCUGACUGUGCAGGAAUCCCAGCAGGUCCCUCUGAUGCAGCUCCUCCACAACCAUCGUCAGGGGCGACUGCACUGAAACCACACCCAGCAGUGCAGGUAGGAAGGGAUGCGGCCCCAGUCCAGACACGAAGGAGGCAAAACCCAAGAAAUGCUGCUUCUCACUCUGCUCUAUGGAGAGUACCAAGAACACCACGGAGGCUCCCGCAGACGGGAGGCCACGCGCCUACUGACCGAGAGACAGAUCAAGAAACAUGGCAACCAUCCCCACGGCCACGGGAGGUCUCGCCACGGACACGGCCGCCGUGGUCACGGCCAGAACGGAUACCACGGUCGCCACGGACACCAGCAUGGCUAUCACGGCAGGCAUAGAAACAGGCGCCAGUCCAACAUGGAGGGGGAUACUUCUGGAGAGCAGACAGCUGAACCCGACUUUACAUCUUCACUAAAGAACAAACGCUCGUACUCCAAGUGUAGAGACUGCAUAGCAUGGGUGCAGCGGUUCCUCGUGACCAGGUUAGGAGAAGAUUGGAUCUUCCUUGUUAUGCUGGGCAUCACAAUGGCACUGGUCAGCUGGACGAUGGACUACGCUAGCGCAAAGAGCCUGCAAGGUUCUGGUAUCCCAGAGUUGAAGACCAUCCUGAGAGGCGUUGUGCUAAAGGAAUAUUUGACCAUCAAGGCCUUUAUUGCUAAAGUCAUUGGUCUGACUGCUGCUCUGGGCAGCGGCAUGCCUGUAGGCAAAGAGGGUCCGUUUGUGCACAUUGCCAGUAUCUGUGCGGCCGUUCUCAGCAGGUGCAUGUCUAUCUUUUCAGGAGCUUAUCAGAAUCCAUACUGUUAUACAGACAUCCUGACAGUGGGCUGUGCUGUGGGAGUGGGCUGCUGCUUUGGUACUCCACUUGGAGGUGUGCUCUUCAGUAUAGAGGUGACAUCCACAUACUUUGCUGUGAGAAACUACUGGAGAGGAUACUUUGCUGCUACAUUUAGUGCCUUCAUAUUUCGAGUAUUAUCUGUAUUUAACAAAGAUGCAGUUACCAUCACGGCUCUGUUCAGGACAAAUUUCCGCAUGGAUUUCCCCUUUGAUCUGCAGGAGCUACCUGCUUUUGCCAUCAUUGGGAUCUCCUGCGGUUUCCUGGGGGCGUUCUUCGUCUAUCUCAACAGACGGGUGGUGUUGUUUAUGAGACGACACAACGCCAUGACCCGCUUCCUGACCAAACACCGACUGAUCUUUCCUGCGAUGGUAACUCUGGUCAUCGCCACCUUGACCUUCCCACCUGGGUUCGGACAGUUCAUGGCAGGAGAGUUGAUGCCCAGGGAGUGUAUCAACUCUUUGUUUGAUAACUUUACCUGGACGAAGAUUUCGGGGCCCCCACUUCCGCCCGGUCUGGGUCGUUCCGCCGCCUGGCUGCACCCCAACGUCAGCGUCUUCAUCGUCUUGUUGCUCUUCUUCCUCAUGAAGUUCUGGAUGUCUGCAGUGGCCACCACCAUGCCCAUCCCAUCUGGAGCCUUCAUGCCCGUCUUUAUUCUGGGAGCUUCGUUCGGCCGGCUGGUGGGAGAAAUCAUGGCCACCUUGUUUCCUCACGGGAUCGUGUUCGAUGGCAUUCUGUACCGCAUUAUCCCCGGAGGGUACGCAGUCAUUGGAGCGGCAGCGUUGACGGGGGCGGUGACUCACACGGUGUCCACAGCGGUUAUCUGCUUUGAGCUGACAGGCCAGAUCUCACACAUCCUGCCCAUGAUGGUGGCAGUAAUCCUGGCCAACAUGGUGGCCCAGGGCCUGCAGCCCUCCCUGUAUGACUCCAUCAUCCAGGUCAAGAAGCUGCCGUACCUGCCGGAGCUCGGCUUCGGGCACAUGAGCCAGUACAACAUCUUUGUGGAAGACAUCAUGGUGAGGAAGGUGAAGUUUAUAUCCUCUCAGUCCACCUACAGAGAAGUCAAACUCCUCCUGGACACCUUUACACUCAAAAAAAUCCCUCUGGUUGAUUCAAAAGAUUCUAUGAUCCUAUUGGGCAGCAUUGAUAGGCUGGAGCUGCUGGCUCUCUGUGAUUGGUGGUUGUCACCAGAAAGGCGGCUCCUGAUGCAAGGUCGCAGUCUACAGGAGCAGAAUCAGUCUGAGAAACACAGCUGGGAAUCCUUCGCCUUCGUAGAUGAAGAGGAAGAGGAGGACGGAGAGAAGGGCAGCCCGAUGCAGGAGGAGAGGAACGGCCCGCUGCCUUCUCCAAAACCUCAGGAGCCUUCAUCCAACCACACCGCUCCUGUUCCUGGAGAGCAGACUGAAAAAGGUCCUCUGCAGUCUGUGAGGAAAACACUCAGGAAUCUCUUCACCCCUAAGAGCAGACAAGCAGAGGGACAGUCGCAGGAGCCCUGUCCUCCUCCCCUUUCAGACACGAUGACACCAGAGGAGAUCAAAGCGUGGGAAGAGGAAGAGAUGGACAAGCCAAUGGAAAUCGAUGAGAUACGAGUUGACCCUUCCCCUUUCCAGCUGGUGGAGAGAACAUCAUUACACAAGACCCACACCUUAUUCUCACUGCUGGGGCUCAGUCACGCUUAUGUGACCAGUAUCGGCAAACUGGUGGGGGUGGUGGCGCUAAAAGAGCUCCAGAAGGCCAUCGAGGGCUCCACGCGCUCCGGCGUCCGGCUCCGCCCUCCGCUCGCCAGCUUCCGCGACAUGAGCACCCGCAGCUCCACCGUCUCCAAACCUCCACCCUCUUCUCCCUCCGCUCCCUCCUCGCCGACCUCACCUCAUUCAUCUCCAGCAGAUCCCCAAGCUCCCUCGCCCUCCCCCACUACGGACAUCCACCACCACCACCACCACCACCACCAUCAUCACCACCACCAUGAGACUGAAGCGGAGGUGUGGAUCGAGGGCCUGACGAGGGAGGUGGUGGUGAGCAGCAGCAGCAGCAGCGCAGAGAGCAGCAGCGACAGUAGCAGCACAGGGAGCUGCAGCUCAGCCAGUAGGAGCUGCAGCGACAACAGCAACCUCACCCUCCCUCCUUCCUCCACUCCUCCUCCAGUCCCUUCUUCUUCUACUCCUCCUCCUCCUCCUCCUCCUCCUUCUCCUCCUACUUUCACUUCCGCCAUCCCUCUUUCCUCCCUGAGGCCGCUACAGGAACUCCUCCAGGGGGACGAAGACAGCGACGAUGAGCCAAUGGUUUAGGUUUUAGACGAGUGAUGGUUAUGAUUUUUUUUUUUUUUUUUUAUAAUGGAAAACUUUUUUUAAUGGUGUGAGUUUCUUCUUCUGUUCUCGAUUUAUUGCUCUGGUCCCCAUCUACCCUUUUUCCUCUCAUCAUCUAAGGUAGAGCAAAGAUUUCAAAGCCAACGACAUGUUCGCUUGAAGCUACAAGUCACACCAGACUGAAGAUGGUUAAUCCCACUCUUACUGGUUCUGUCUCCUCAUUUCACACACCUUUGCCUAAUUAGUAGGGCUGUAGUCAAUACAGGUCGACUGAAAUCGUACGUAAUCUUCAACUAAUCGAUUAGUGGCGGGUGGGUUGGGGGGGUGUAACGGGACAGUGAACUCACAUUUCUCUGUUUAGCGUUUUCAGGUUAUACUAACCUAUUGUUAUUAACUUUGGAGCUAACCUCCUUCACUUUUCCAGCACUUGGGGAAACAACAAACGUGACUUUUUAGCAUUUAUUAACU